AUGGCUGCUGACACUCAGAAGAGAAAUCCGAAGAAAAGCUUCAGCUGGAUUGCAGUCCUCGAAACCCUUUACGACAAGGCAGAGAAGGACUGUCGUAUUGAAUGGGCCCCCGGUGUUAACGAUAUUUUCGAUGGUUUCGAUGGCCUCAAGCAACGGAAGGGUAAAGGCAAGCAAUGCUUUACCUUUGACCGUGUUACUGUUCCUGGUCUUUCCAUGAUGACGUAUGGACUUCGCUACGUCCCCCCAGACGGUGAACUCGAAAACCGACUCGUCAAAGACUUGGGUGAGUCAAACAUCUAUCGGACCGUAAAGAUCGAGGGGCUUCGUCACCACACAGAGGUUAAAGACAUCUUGCCCUAUGUUCGUGGCGGCGUGGUCCUUUCUGCUUCCAUGUACAACACAGUUGCUUUGAUAGGCUCGUACACUGCAAUCAUAAUCUUUCUUGAGGAGCAGGGAGCCGAGAAUUUCUUGGGCAGGGUCAACCGCCAGGGUUUCUUCGUUCCCUCUGAGACAGUCUAUCUCAGCCAAAUCAAGACCCCAACUUAUCCAAUCUCAAACACACUUCACGAUCUGAUCUAUAAAAAAGGACGACGUCGAACACUCGUCCUCUGCGGAUCUCAACAGAGACUCAAGGCGCAAAUACAUCGAUUCUUGUGCCAGAAAAAUCGUAUUGAUCGCUUGGAGGCCUUCGGGAGAAAUGAUGCUGCUGAUCAGGUCUCAUUUCGUUUCGUCUCCAUCGCAGCCGCCAUCGAUGUUCAUGCCAUGCUGUUGAGAAUCCCCUUUUUUGAAAGUUGCAAUCCUACUUUCGGUAUUGACCCUUGCGCGCAGUGA